AUGGAGGCUAUGAAUAACAACGUUGGAUUACCUUCAGUUUUUUCUCAUGGAAACAAUGGGACUCAGCAGUCCGGUCAUAUGUGGAGACCAUGGACUGGAACAGAGAACAACAAUACCGCACACAUGGCUCACUCUAUUCAAGGAGACAUUUCUGCUGCACAAGACCUCAAAGCUUCUCAGGUCGUUCACCCAGUGAAGUUGUACUGGCCAAAAUCAAGAUGUUUCGAUUAUCUGUACCAGGAUGCAGAAAUGCUCCUGCGCAACUAUCCCGUCCAAGCGACCAUCUGCCUUUACUCAGACUCCAGCAGCGAUGAAGACAGCGAUGAUGAUGAAGAGGAGGAGAUGGAGAAGGAGCUCAACUAA